AUGUCAGAAAGAGUAUCAUUACAUAUUAAGGAUUACUCUGUACAGGCCGAAAAUGCCGUUGAUAACACAGAUGAUCAAACUGCCUUAAUAAUAUGUCAGUGCAUUAUUGAACAUCCUACUCUCGCAUUACAUACAGAGUUUCUUCAGGGCAGUGUAACAUUUGAACAGAGAGUGAAUGAACAAUCAUUUGCAUUAUUUCAAAAACAAAGACUAAGGGAAGCUCUUGCUUUGGUGUUUUUUUCAAUGUCCAUCAAGAACAUUAAGGGAGAACGAAACAAACAAAUAAUGCACAAUUACGAAAUCUAUUCAACAAUAUUGGAGAAUAGUCCAAAGAAUGACAAUAUUUGGAAUGAACUGAAGAGCGUUUAUAAUACUUUUAGAAAUAUUGGGGGUGUUGAAGUUGCUUAUAAUUCAAAGCAACUCGAUGUCGAAUACUUUGAAAAUGAAAAGUACUGGAUUGAUGGUUUAUCUCAACUCUAUCUCUCUUAUUUUGCAAAAACGAUACUGUGUAGAGAGGAACUUGUUAUGGAAUCAAUGAAAAAUCUUUCGUUUUACUCUACUAUUUGCCCAAAUGACCAAACAUACUUCUCGUUCAUUACAGAUUUUGUGAAAGUUAUUCCUAAUGAUGAAAUAGAGCCAUUUGUUGCAUCUCUUCUCAUGAAUAACAUUAAAUUAGAAUUUGUUAUUGACCUUGUUGAAAAGGAAAUCAUGAGGUCCUAUUAUUACAAACAAGAAAGGCUCCAAACUUUAAGACAUGUUUUAAACGUGCUAAAUACACCCCAAACUCCAAUGGAUCUUGAUGAUUAUAUUAAUGGUUUGAUAUUUGGAAAGGAAAGAUGUGAUGUAUUGAAAAUUUCAAUAUUGGUCAAUGGAAGAAUUAGUGACAGGGAAGAUAAAAUCUAUUGCCUUUCAAAUCUUAUUCAGUACAUUAGCGAAAUGACUGCUCAAGAUAGUAAGGAAGAGAAGAUAAUUUGUGAUACAUUGAAACUGUUUGCAUUUGAAAUGAUUAGACCAAUUAUUAGCUCCCUAUCAAAUAUUCUGACCUAUCCACAUUCACUCUCAAAUAUUAUUACAGCUGUUAUUAACAAUACAGCGACGGGCUUGGAGAGUGAUGAGAGGAUUUUGGUUGUGUUUUCAAUCUAUGCCUCAAAAAUUGAACACUUACUCAAUCAUAUAGGUGAACAAGAAAGUAGAAUGGUUCUUUGUUUUGCCUUAUCUGAAAUCUAUUCAAGACUAGCAGAGGUGAGUCAACAAUCUCUUUAUAUUGAGAAGAGAGAUUUUUAUGGUAAUGCUUGCUGGAAUUCCAUUUCUCCCGAUGAUGAAGAUGAUUGUUAA